AUGGAUCCCAUGAAGGAGUCUCUUAUUGAGCAAUUUAUCAAUGUGGCUGGUGUAGACAAGGAUCGGGCAAAAUUCUUUCUUGAAUCUUCCUCGUGGGAUUUGUCUCUGGCCAUAGCAAGCUUCUAUGAAGAUGACCAUGAAAUGGAUGUGGGCAUGUACUCUGCUGCUGCCUCUAUGUCAGAACCAUCCAGUCCACCAUCCACAGGACCAAAACUUGCUGAAGCUGCUUUUAAACCACAACAAGAAAAGCCCAAGUUUGCCUCAAUUACAGACAUAAGACAAUCAGACAAUACUGACAGUGAUGAAGAAGGCCAAGCAUUCUACACAGGUGGAUCAGAACGAAGUGGCCAACAAGUAUUAGGUCCUCCCAAAAAGAAAUCUGGUUCACAGUUUGUUGAUGAUAUUUUUAGACAAGUGAAAGAACAUGGAGCAGAGGUGGUUGAUCCGGAUCAACCCCAAGAGAAAAGGUCUGCAGCUUUUAGGGGAACUGGUUACAGGUUAGGAGACAUGGAAGGUGCAUCAGAUGUGAUAAAGGGAGAGAAUCUUUCUGAUGAACCUCAGCCAACCAGGGUUUUGAAAAUGUGGAAGAAUGGUUUCAGCAUCGAUGAUGGUCCCUUAAGAGAAUAUACUGAUGAGAAAAACAAAAAAUUCUUAGAUUCCAUUACAAGAGGGGAAAUUCCACAAGAGUUAGUUCAGGAAGCUGAAGGUGGCAAAAUAAAUCUAAACAUGGAAAGACAUCAAGACAUGGAUUAUGUUCCCCCGAAAAGGAAGAUGACAGCUUUCAUGGGACAAGGACACAUGCUUGGCAGUCCUUCCCCUGCCAUGAGCAGUUUUCCCAGCAGUUCAACUGCUGCUGCUGCUGCAGGGUCUAGCACUGAUCCUGUUGUCAAAGCAGACCUUAAAGUGGACUCUUCAAAACCAACAACAAACAUACAAAUCCGACUGGUGGAUGGUGCCAGAUUGAAACUGACAUUGAAUCAUUCACACAGAAUAAGUGACAUCAGGAAUUACAUUGUUUCAGAACGUCCUGAAUAUGCCUGUGAGCCAUUUUUCUUGUCCACAUACACCAGCAAAGAGUUGGAGGAUGAAAAUCAGACAUUGGUAGAGAGCAACCUGUUAAAUGCUGUUGUAAUGCAACGAAGAAAAUAA